AUGGCGUUCCGUGCCCCUCUGCGAUUGCAAUUGGCCAAGUGCCAGCCGCGCCUGGCCGUUGUCUCGCGCAUGAACAACACCCGCGCGCUCUCCUCCGCGACCGCCGCCGCCGCCGCCUCCUCGAACCUCCCCGAGGACGUCAAGAGCAAGAUCACAAGCCAGGCCUCUGUACCGAACCCCGAUCCGACCGAAGACUCGGCGAGCGCCGCCCUCGUCCGCGAACAUGCGCCCUUCAUGGUCGCCACCUACGCCCGCCCUCCGCCCGUCUUCGUCAAGGGACAGGGCUCCGUGCUCUGGGACAUCGAGAACAGGCAGUACCUCGACUUCACCGCUGGUAUCGCUGUCAAUGCCCUGGGGCACUGCGAUCCCGAGCUCACGAAGCUCUUGACCGAGCAGGGUAGCACGCUCAUGCACGCCUCGAACCUCUACUACAACCCCUGGACCGGUGCCCUCUCCAAGCUUCUAGUCGAGAAGACGCGCGAGGCGGGCGCCAUGCACGACGUCGACUCCGUCUUCGUCUGCAACUCGGGCUCCGAGGCCAACGAGGCCGCCAUCAAGUUCGCCCGCAAGGCCGCCAAGGUCGGCCAGUCCUCGAGCGACAAGUUCGAGGUCGUCUCCUUCAACAACGCCUUCCACGGCCGCACCAUGGGCAGCCUGUCCGCCACCCACAACCCCAAGUACCAGGAGCCAUUCGCGCCGAUGCUGCCCGGCUUCAAGCUCGGCGCUUUCAACGACGUCGCCGCCAUCAACGAUGUCGUCACGGACAAGACGUGCGGCGUCAUCGUCGAACCCAUCCAGGGUGAGGGCGGCGUCACGCCCGCGACGGACGAGUUCCUGGUCGCUCUGGCCAAGCGCUGCCGCGAGGUCGGUGCCGUCCUGAUCUACGACGAGAUCCAGUGCGGCCUGUCUCGCACCGGCACCUUCUGGGCGCACACCCACCUGCCCAAGGAGGCCCACCCGGACAUCAUCACCACCGCUAAGGCGCUGGGCAACGGCUUCCCCAUCGGCGCCACCAUCGUCAACAGCAACGUCUCGGAGAAGAUCAAGGUCGGCGACCACGGCACCACCUUCGGUGGCAACCCCCUCGCCUGCCGCCUGGCCCACAACAUCGUCUCCCGCCUCGCCGACCCCGGUCUGCAGAAGGCCGUCGCCACCAAGGCCGACAUUUUCAAGGCCCGCUUCGACACCCUGCGCCAGCGAUUCCCCGACCUGAUCAAGGAGGUCCGCGGCCGCGGCCUCAUCCUCGGUCUGCAGCUCACGCAAGACCCCACGCCCAUCGUCAAGGCGGCUCGUGAGCGCGGCCUGCUGAUCAUCACGGCCGGCACCAACACCCUGCGCUUCGUUCCUCCUUUGACCAUCACGGAGGAGGAGAUCCAGCAGGGCUUGGACAUCCUGGAGGAGGCUAUUUCCGUCACCCGCUCGUGA